AUGACUGAAAUGAGAUAUUUAGUGGUUGUGUCUGGUUGUUUUGUUGAAGUUGCUAUCGAAUGUGAUGAGUCUGAUGAACUAAUUGUCGUAUCUUUCGAAUCUGUUUUUGUUAUUUCGGGCCCUGGUGCUGGUGUAGCUGCUUUUGUAGGUGUUGUUGCUGUUGUUGUUGACGCGGUUGUUAUUGUCGCUGGCCCAGGUGCUGGCGUAGCUGCUUUUGAUGGUGUUGUUGCUGUCGUUGUUGAUGCGGUUGUUAUUGUCGCUGGCCCAGCUGCUUUUGUAGGUGUUGUUGCUGUUGUUGUUGAUGCGGUUGUUAUUGUCGCUGGCCCUUGUGCUGGUGUAGCUGCUUUUGUAGGUGAUGUUGCUGUUGUUGUUGAUGCGGUUGUUAUUGUCGCUGGCCCUGGUGCUGGUGUAGCUGCUUUUGUAGGUGUUGUUGCUGUUGUUGUUGUUGCGGUUGUUAUUGUCGCUGGCCCUGGUACUGUUGUAGCUGCUUUUGUAGGUGUUGUUGUUGUUGUUGUUAUUGUCGCUGGCUCUGGUACUGAUGAAGCUGCUUUUGUAGGUGUUGUUGCUGUUGUUGUAGUUGCGGUUGUUAUUGUCGCUGGCCCUGGUACUGUUGUAGCUGCUUUUGUAGGUGUUGUUGUUGUUGUUAUUGUCGCUGGCUCUGGUACUGAUGAAGCUGCUUUUGUAGGUGUUGUUGCUGUUGUUGUUGAUGCGGUUGUUAUUGUCGCUGGCCCUUGUGCUGGUGUAGCCGCUUUUGUAGGUGAUGUUACUGUUGUUGUUGAUGCGGUUGUUAUUGUCGCUGGCCCUGGUGCUGGUGUAGCUGCUUUUGUAGGUGAUGUUGCUGUUGUUGUUGAUGCGGUUGUUCUUGUCGCUGGCCCUGGUGCUGGUGUAGCUGCUUUUGUAGGUGAUGUUGCUGUUGUUGUUGAUGCGGUUGUUCUUGUCGCUGGCCCUGGUGCUGGUGUAGCUGCUUUUGUAGGUGAUGUUGCUGUUGUUGUUGAUGCGGUUGUUAUUGUCGCUGGUCCUUGUGCUGGUGUAGCUGCUUUUGUGGGUGAUGUUACUGUUGUUGUUGAUGCGGUUGUUAUUGUCGCUGGCCUGGUGCUGGUGUAG